GGUUGCAUUGCGUGCUCCGUUGCUAAGAUACAGCAGAGCAGCACCCGGUUGCCAGCUCCGUUGUUGCUAGCUGCUAGCUAACAUACAAACAUUGACGCAGCUAGCUGGUUUCCCCCGGUGAUAUAUUAGCGUCCUAUGGAGCGGGCCGGCCGGGGGAAAGACCCCCGACUGCUGAAGAACCAGCCCUACGACGAGAGCCUGGAGGUGAAUGACCCAGAUGAGGUAGCGAGCGUCUACAGCCCGGUUCCCCUCGGCCAGCGUCAGCCAGAGUCCAGGAGAAACAGGAAGGGGCGUGGCCGGAUGUCGGCCAACAGUGACGAGUUUUCUGAGGUCCGCGGGCCUCCGAGGCCCAACGAGCCCGCCGGCGGCCUGCCUGGCGUCGGUCCGCACGGAGAGGAGGAGGACGAGGAGGAAGAGGAGGAUGAAGAAGAGGAGGAGGAGGAGGAGGAGGAGGACUCCGAUGAAGAUGACUCGGACGAGGACGAGGAGCUGGGCGAGCCCCCCGAGGGCGCGUACAACCCCGCCGACUACGCCAACCUGCCCGUCAGCACCGAGAUCAAAGAGCUGUUCCAGUACAUCACACGCUACAGCCCCCAGCCCAUCGAGCUGGAGCACAGCCUGAAGCCCUUCAUCCCAGAGUUCAUCCCGGCCGUCGGGGACAUCGACGCCUUCCUGAAGGUCCCGAGGCCGGACGGCAAAGCGGACGAUCUGGGUAUGCUGUGCCUGGACGAGCCCAGCGUGAAACAGUCGGACCCCACGGUGCUGUCGCUGUGGCUGUCGGAGGAGACCAAGCAGCACGGAGCCAGCGAGUGGCUGACGCCCCCCCAUCACCCCCCCCCCAAGAGUCCGAGGUCUCUGCCUGUAAAAAGGAGGUUUUUCCUCGCCCCUGUUGCCAAUGUGGUCUACGCCUCCUCUAUCUGUAAAGAGUCCUGA